AUGUUUUCAUCAAAGAACGAAUCUCGCUACAAACGCGAAAAGUCCUUCGCUGACAGAUGCCAGGAGUCAGCAGGUAUCAUUCGUAAAUUCAAGUCUCAUGUUCCAGUUAUUGUUGACAAAGAUCCAAAAUGCACUUUGCCUGAUAUCGAAAGACAAAAAUUCCUUGUCCCAUCAGAAUUAUCCAUCGGACAAUUCAUCUAUGUUGUCCGUAAGAGAAUCAAUCUUCAAUCCGCUGAAGCAAUUUUCUUAUUUGUUAAUAAGAAACUCCCACCACCAAACUCUACAAUGGGAGCUCUCUACGAAGAAAACCGUGAUGAGGAUGGAUUUAUGUAUUGCUUAUACAGCUCUGAUAACUCAUUCGGCUCUAAUUAA